GUGUGUGGGGGGGUGGAGGGUGAGAAAACCUGGAUUUGUGCUGGAAAUGGCCCACCUGAUGAUCACUUUAGAUAAGCUGUUACCAGCAGGACAGUGGGGUGGGAGGAGGUAUUGUUUCAUAUUCUCUGUGUGUAUAUAAAGUCUGCUGCAGUUUCCACGGUAUGCAUCCGAUGAAGUGAGCUGUAGCUCACGAAAGCUCAUGCUCAAAUAAAUUGGUUAGUCUCUAAGGUGCCACAAGUACUCCUUUUCUUUUAGCUCACAACCUAGAAACCCAGAAGGGGGGAACUGUGCCCCCUACUGUCCCUUUCUCUUUCGUUGUAAAACAUUGGGUUAUUGAAUGAGUAAUGCUACCCCAAAACCAUUAACUUACAUGACUGAAAAAGGGAGAGGUGAAAAUUGGACCCAGUGCAUCCCGUUAAUUCUUUGAGGGCUGCACAUACAUCCUGCACACACGGAAUUGGCACAGCUGCUUUAUUAGCAUAUCUCCCAGUGAACUAUUUAGCCCCUUUAUUUAUUGGAACAGUAUUAGCCCCUGGAGGGCUUCUGCCCGCCCACUUCCCAGAACUCAACACGACGGUUCACCCAAAACACCCCACCUGGUUUGCAGGUGUUGAUCCUGCAGCUAAAGGGUUAGGUGGGCUCUACUGAGGCAGGUGGUUCACUUCCCACCAGCAUAUAAGGGAAGUAAAAGGAACACUUUCUUCCUUUCAAAGAGAUGGUUUAGCAUGUGAGCAAAGCAGUCCUGAUGUAAGAUCCCCUAGGCAAGUCUAGGAAAAUGUUUGAGGUGAACUUUAUUAAAUUCUUUGCUAAUAAAAGGUAACAACUGAGGGGAUGACUUGGCUUUACAGUGUGGACCUUGGAAUGUGGCUUAGAGUAGGUUGAGAAAGGCACAUCCAGGUCUAUCAGUGUGAUAUGUGGGUGCAUUUUACAUUGCUUAUGAUGGCUUAUUCCCAGCUCCUAAUAAGAUUGAUCAUGUUCCCCUGUAGCCAACCAGCUAAUUCAGGAUGUAUAAUUCCCUGGAUUGCUUGUACAGAGACAUUUUGUAUUUCUUCCUAAAAGUCGUGACCAUGGUAAUUUCCUUACAGUGACAAAAAACUGAACUUCAGUACACAGAUGGAUAUUCAAGAAUUUACCUGCAAAUGCAAUCAAUGACUAGGUGGUGUCACAUCAUAUAGCAUAGCAGUAACAAUAGCAGACCCUGUUGAUACUUUAAUUCCCAGAUUCUAGUACAAGUGUGGGGAAGAGGAAUGUUGGGGACACUGGGGCAUGGCCACUAGGUAACUCGAGGGGAUGGAAGACCACGAGUGUCGAUGAAGCCCCCUUGCACUAGGCCCAGGUGUCCUUGGCCCCUCUCCCGCCUGGAGGCACUCGCAGCAGCUCUGCGUACUAGGCCCAAGUGUCCUUGGCCCCCCCGCCUGGAGGCACACACAGCAAUUAUGCUGAGAAUCUGCAACAAUAUGCUGCGGAGUCAGACUGCCUGAAACUAAGCAAGGCCACACAGGGGAGAUAUGGAAGAACAAUGCUGAAUAAAGCAGCUUUAUGUAUGGUUUAAGAAAUGAUACAGAGAACAAGGGAACUAGCUGGGAAUUGGAUUGGCUGGCUAUAUGGAUACUUAGGGCAGCUUGCUAUUGGAUAAGUAUGCUGGGAAAAAGGAUGUAUAAAAGCCUGUGUAACUUCCUGCUCUGUGUACAGGAUUUGAGAUUCAAAUCUCCCUGUACCUUUUUGAAGCUUCAAAUAAACUUUUCUGCUUCUCCACCCCCUUGUGAUUACUGAGUGUAGCACAUUGGGUAGCGAACCAACUCAAGCUGUUGUUCAGCCUCUCGGCACUGGGUGCCGGCAACAGCUUUUGGCGUCCCUGGGUGGGCGGAGGCUGCAAUUUAGCCUUGCCCGGACCCCUCCUGGAGGUCGAGGAUUGCGGCGAGAACCGACGCCCAGCGCGCACCGGUGAGUUCAUCGGGGGCCUCGGAGGAGACGCGAUUUGAUCAACCCCGGAGGGCACAACGGUGCAACGCACUCAUAUAGUGGAGAAGCAGUUGUGGUGGACGACAGUGAAGAACUAGUCCCUUGGAUAAGGUAUACCAAGGAUUCCCAGCCUCUCCCCUUGGACACUCCCGUCCACUCCUUACAGCCCGGUGACUCUGUCCUUGUUCGUACCUGGAAAGACGAGCCUCUCCAGGAAAAGUGGAAAGGACCCUAUACUGUCCUGCUGAUCUCCCAUACAGCGGCAAAGAUCGAGGGACACAAGAACUGGAUCCAUCACUCUCGUCUGAAGGCAGUACCUGCCCCCUCGUCAGCAGAACAGUGGACCGUCCAACCUGCUGACUCCUCAUCUAGUGAUCUCGGGCUAAAGCUACUGUUUAAAAGACACAAAUAGCGGGCACCUUAAUGCUAAAAUGGGCCCAGCCAGGGUUUGGCCCAUUUGGAGAACAUGCUGUUAACGCCAGCUGGAUUGCAGUUCAGGAGCUGGAGAAGCUUGGCUUGGGAGAUGGUGUGGAUCUGUAUGUAUAUGAAAUCCCAGUUGAAUACCAAACAGUACAAAGACUAAUUCCUGCAUUGUGGAAAAAACACAGUCCACAAUUGGUGGUUCAUGUGGGUGUAUCAGGUAUGGCUACAACCGUAACACUGGAAAAAUGUGGGCAUAACGUAGGAUACAAAGGCUUGGACAACUGCCGUUUCUGCCCAGGCUCUCAGUGUUGUGUAGAAGGUGGCCCAGAAUGCAUCGAUUCAAUUAUUGACAUGGAUGCAGUUUGCAAGAGAGUCUCAACGUUGGGACUUGAUGUCACGGUUACUAUAUCCAAGGAUGCUGGCAGAUAUCUCUGUGAUUUCACUUACUAUACGUCCUUAUACCAGAGCCACGGCAGGUCUGCAUUUGUUCACGUGCCUCCACUGGGAAAACCAUAUACUGCAGCACAGCUGGGUCGGGCACUACAGGCCAUCAUAGAAGAAAUGCUCGAUGUUUUGGAGCAUUCUGAAGGCAAAAUCAAUUGUCGCCAUGAACACUGAAGCUGGGCAAAAGUCCUACUACUGUUGCACUUCCACAAUAUUCCCCACUACUAAGUACUGGGGAAGCAGCCUGUCUGAGAUGUACAGAAAAAGAAUCAGAGACUUUAGAAUGAAAGUUAAUUCCACUUCCAGCAAUUCUGUGACAUUCUUUUCUUCCUGUGUGAAUUUCAUCUUAAGCAAGAAAGGAUUUCAAGUCUUUCUUUUAAACCACCUGUAACUACUUAUUUCCUGAAGUGGCUGAAAAAUGUGUGCUGUGUUUUAUACAGAGGAUAUCUGUAAAUCAAGUGACAGCUAUUGAGCAGUCUAAUACAGUGCAGAUGAAAAGGUUUACACCUGGAAUCAGAGUUCAUGUGCAGGGAAUUGUUGAUACCACCUUCUGACUAGAAGUCCUUAAUUUAAAAGAUUUACUGAUUUUAAAAAAAAAAGGUUUUAAUGUAAAAUUAUAGCUAUAAGCAGUUGGCAUAGAAGAUUGGGCUUAUAUUUUAAACAGUUCUUGUUCGGGAUGGGGAGUCAUUUAUAAUUGUUUUAGAGGGACACUGAAUCUUUUUGCCAGUCCUAAAAUACCAGUGCAUUAGUGUGGACGUCUGUUAAGACUUUAAUAGUGCUGCAAACAGAAGGGGUACAUGGUUUUGAUUUGAUGGGAAGCACUUGAGGUACAAAGAGGGGAUGGCUUUUUGUAUGUGGGAGACACCCAACCCACACCAAAUAGUUCCGAAAAACUAUUUUUAUUGUGCUCUUAAUACCACCUUCCUUGCUCAGACUAACCAUAUACCUCCUUUACGAAACACAUCGUUUCAUACGUGUAUAAAAUAAAACGUAUAGCGGUUGGAAAAGCUUUGCUAGUGACCACUGUUUCCACAGGGGUCUCUUUUCCCAGAACCUCAAUGCUAGAACUUACCCUGCCCCCAUACCUUAAAACCAACUCUGUACUUUUUUUUUAUUUUAUUGUAAAUGUCUGUUCUGUUUAUGGAUUGGAAGAAGGACAUCUAGUGGAUUGUGCUCCAGCUGUCCCUUGAAGACCCUGCUGGUGUGCUCUAAAAGGUUCCUAGUGAGAUAGACAUAAAUAUGCUAAAAUGUGAAUGAAAGGCAACCCCACCCCACCCCACAGCUAGCAGGCACUCAGCCCCACCCAAUGCCACCCUUACUGCAGACCCAGAGUUGCAAUUAUCUUGUUUACUCCUGCACUGAGCUCUGUGUUUGUGCUUCUCCUGGGGCACCGGGAAGGAAUGACCAGAAGGUACCACGGCUUCCAUUAUUAUCUCUAUUGCCUUUGGGGCCCCCAUGGGGCUCCACUGGGCUAGGUGCUGUACACGUACACAUACACAUAGAAUCAUAGAAUAUCAGGGUUGGAAGGGACCUCAGGAGGUCAUCUAGUCCAACCCCCUGCUCAAAGCAGGACCAAUCCCCAAUUAAAUCAUCCCAGCCAGGGCUUUGUCAAGCCUGACCUUAAAAACUUCUAAGGAAGGAGAUUCUACCACCUCCCUAGGUAACGCAUUCCAGUGUUUCACCACCCUCCUAGUGAAGAAGUUUUUCCUAAUAUCCAACCUAAACCUCCCCCACUGCAACUUGAGACCAUUACUCCUUGUCCUGUCCUCUUCUACCUCUGAGAAUAGUCUAGAACCAUCCUCUCUGGAACCACCUCUCAGGUAGUUGAAAGCAGCUAUCAAAUCCCCCCCCCCCCCAUUCUUCUCUUCUGCAGACUAAACAAUCCCAGUUCCCUCAGCCCCUCCUCAUAAGUCAUGUGUUCCAGACCCCAUAGUGGUUCCUGCUGCAAAGAGACUCUCCUGCAGCUCUGGUUUCAAGUCCCAUGGCUCAGUUCCCAGAGAAAGUAACAUAAUUCCUUUAGUGGCCUACAGCCAGGAGAAAACGAGUCUUUCUUCACUGCCUUACCUUUCUGGCCAUUAUCUACACCAAUGCAAACCAAUUUUGAUCUAUCUACACUAGGAAAAUCAGGACCCAGGGUUCUCUGCCGGGGUCACUCACCCCAAUGGUAGCAAACAUGCACUUUUCUGACUGGUCUGUUCUAGUCUCAAAACCAAUUGUAGGGGGCAUGACGCAUCGGGGCAGAUAAUGUCCCCAUUCUAGCUGCAGCAUCCUCUUGGGGAGCAAAACUUUCCGCACAAGCUGUGUUGUGGGCCUGGCCCCAUUCUAUCAGUUUUUAAGAAAGCCCUUCUCAUCAUGUAUAAACUGAGACUUGUGUUUUAGAAUUUCACUCCAUAGGGGCAUUUCUGGGUGGUCUCCAUGUGACCUCUCUUUGGUGAGAUGAUUUCAUUUGUGCCAUUGAGGCUAGGUCUGAAGUGUCGCUUGCCUUGCAAAAUUUCCAAAGGCAGCACUUGGCAAGAUGGGUCUUCUGUUCUAGCCAAGAUUCAAAAAGGUCUUUGAACUGCUAGUAUGUGACCUUGACUCUAAAUUGUGAUGUAAGUAAAAGGUACGUAAUGUCACAACAAAAGUAACAGUUAAAUUGGUACUAGCUAGCAUGUCUUUUUAGGGAACCAUUUAAAUAAGACUAAUACUAGUCUAAUACUUUUACUAAAAUAGAUAUUAAACUAUGUUUUGAAACCUGUUAGAAAUAUCUGUUAAUGUUUUAAGUUCUCUAAUUAUGAACGGUUCUACUACAGAAUCUCAAAAUGAGAGCUGCCACUUUACUGCGACUUCCAACCAGGAAGUAUAGUGACAGAAAAUACCACUUAGCAUCUGAAUGCAUGCCAGAGGUUGGAGAGUCUGCAGUUGCAUUAAGACCACUCUUUUGCUUGGGAAGCUAGUGCAUGGAGAUCUUCAGAUACACUUUUGAGUUACUUAAGAUUGGUUUUCUGGGGAAAUAGCUUCAUGUGUUCUUCACAGCUUUUCUGAUAGAACUUGCUUUAAAAGUCAAUGUAUAGUCUCUCAUGUGCAUUAGAUGCAGAGUAGCACUUUGUCAGGCUUUCAGCAGACAGGUCAGAUCACAAUUUUCGGUUUAGUAAUUUAUUAUAUUUAAUAUUUUGUUUAAAUAUUGGUGAUUUUACUCAUUUUUGUGAAUAGUGGAGGUAAUCUUGCAGUUUUCUUUUAUUGGUAAGCAGUUCUGAUCACCAAAAUGCAUCUUAACUGUUGAACCUCUUCAAAAGAGAGAAUUCAUAUAUUCCAUUAAAUAAAGCAGCUGACUUAUACAUAAUUUCUGAAACCAUUUAAUUUCCACUUAAAGAUUCCUGGGCUAUGAACAAAAUUGAAGCAGAAUUCCACAGCUGAAUGAGAGAGAAGGACCGUAGAGUUAAAACUCCAUGGGAUGGUCUCCUAAAGGGCUGCAGAUCAACAAACCCAUGUUCCUUGUAGUGCAUGUCCCCAGAAAGUCACAGACAAGGCUGCCCCUAAACAGAAACUUUUAUUGGUUCAUCUUGGCAGGUAUCUGCUUGUGUGGGCCACCUGUCUGCUGAACGUUCCUCCUAAUUCAGUAAGGGAAGUUGAGCAGCUCCGAUCCUCUGGAUCGUUGACCAGUUUUGUCUCAUUUUGGUCAACGUUUCCAGUUCUAAAUAGGACACUGUCAACGUCUUCCUGUUGAACAUUCAGUUGUAACUUUGAGUGCAGAUAGUCCUUAUGGAGUUUGCAGAUGGUCAGCCUCAGAGCCCCCUACUAGUGUUGAUACUGCACCAUGCUCGGUGGAAUCCACUCGAGUAUAGGAAUGGAAUAUAUUGUAUAAAACUGUGGAAGGAGGAGCGUCCAGUUCUGUGAACAGAGAAGGUAGGAGGGAUGUGUCUUCUAGAGGAUAAAACUGCAUUCAGGAUUAGCUUGCUCAGUCAGUGGAGUCUCCCCAGCCAGGCACCCUUUCAGAAAUGCGUUUUGGGUCCCUUCCCGCAAUCCUUCUUUGAGGGAAAAACUUCACUGAUUUCUGAGAGUGGGAGCGUGGGAUGGGAGCUCUGCAUGUCUGUGUCAAAGUUCUUAUUUCUACUAAUAAGCUUCGCUUUGUUGUGAGCAGUGUUUUUAAUUGUUUGCAUUUCCUCACAGUCUGCUUUUAUAAAGCUUCAUGGGAUCAGUUUUAUUUGCUAGAAAAUAUAAUUUAUUUUAUCUUUUGUUUUGAGAAUAAGUAGUUGAUCACCUCUUUAAAGAGUUGGUUUCUCACUUUAUUAGCCAAGUUUUGUAUAGUGAUUUUUUUAAAUUGACAUUAAACUCAUUUUGUUUAAAUCUGACCUAAAUAAAUACUUUUGUGGGUUUUUUGCUGAAUUUUUUUUAACCCCAUUAACUCGUGUUCCCUAAUAUAGACCUAUUUUGUUUGGAAUUACACCAUACAAAUGGUCAAAAACUUUAGUUACUGUCUUGUGUAAUAUUUGCUGCCUGCUUCAUCCUCAAUUCAUUAAUUAAUAGAACUUUGCCUGGGAGAUCCAUUGCCAGCUACAGAAUUUUUCAAACUAGCAAGUCAAUGUGGAAACACAAAAAACGAGGGUUAGUUAAAAUUGAUACCUAUAACUAGUACACCUUAUAAAAUGUGUGAAAUUCUAGUAAGUCAUUGCAGCACUGUCUAUAUUAACACUUUGCUGAGAAACUGAGUGAGAGCUCAGUGGAUUUUGUUUUAAUGAGAGCAGGUUUUUUGUGUGUCUUUAUGUACUUACUCACAGCUUGUGGGAGGAAAUGAGUAAGGAGUUGGUGACACUUAUGGAUGAGACUUAGUUGCUUCAGUUAAUAAAAACUAUGGAGGAUUUUUGAGAAACUCCAGAUGCGCUCAAACUCAUUCAGGGAUUGGUGACCAUAGUGGCAGGAGAAAUUAAGCUUGAAUAAAAACGCUGUAAUGUCCAUUAUCUCUCAGGGAAGAGAAGUACUGACUGACUCUGAACUUGAAGGCUUCUCUGAAAAUAAGGACUCGGAGCCAUUGUGGGUGUACUAGUGAAGACCAAUGCCCAAGGCUCAGCAGCCAUUUGUGUUUGAGUGCAUUUGGAAAAAGAGUGAUAUAUGGAAAAAAAAGAAAAUAUCCAUGUCUCGCAUUUAUGUGGAGUAUUGUCCAGCAUUGGCUGCCUCCUCUGGAAAGAUUGAAAAAGGUAAUGAAGAUGGUUUAGAGGUAUUGAGAAGGGUUGUGAUGUGAGACUGCAAAGACUGGAAUUAUUUAGCCUGGAAAGAACAAUUUUACAAGGAGGGGACUUGGUUGAGGGGGUUCAAAAUUAUAAGACUUGGUGAAAUUAAAGGGAGUACAUUUAGAAUGAAAAAAAUUAAUACCACUUUAUGCAGCUCAGUGUUUGCAAUUCAUUGCUGCUGGUAGGGCUGGCUCUGUGGCCAGUUUCACUGGUACCAUGUAAACUCAAAAUAAUAAAAAUUAAACUGACCGCUUGCUGGCGUCGAAGGGAUUUGUCGCCAUGCAGCGUGGCAUGACAGAGUGUGGAGGGUUGUCGCUCUUCCUCUAAAAGCAUUGGGUAUUGGCUGCUGCCAGGGUCUGAUAUAUGACAAUGUCUCUGUAUCGCCUUAGGAUUUGUACUGUAAGUGCUUGGCUUAUAAUAAGUCAAGUAGGGAACUAUAAAUUGUCCCAAAUGUAGCAUUUAGACUUAAGUGAUGUGUAAUUUUUUUUGUCUGCCUAAUCUUCCACAUGGUGUUAACCUCUCUGUGCCUCACUCAACUGGCAAACAGUACCCUGGACAUGGUCGCAUAGCGAAUCCAUGGUAUAGCUGGGAUAAGAACCCAGGAGCUUCCAGGUCUGGGCUCUAGCUGAUAUUACAGCCUCCUGGUAUCUUUUUUUUUUUUUUUUAAUGAUAGAACACCAGUAAUCCUCAGUGUCUGAACAUGUAAUUCAGUGAAACAUUACACGCAAGCAUAGCUAGAUAUGAACUGUAUAAAGAAAGCGCUGUGCAAAGACCUGGCUGGACCCCAAGUGGGGAAAGGUUAGGUGGGAAAGAGCGAUUAAUCUGGCAGGUGACAGCCUUGUGUAAAAGAGGAACUAUCCCACAAAAUAAACUCCCGACCUGAGUGUAUUCUGUCACCACCAGGCCAAUGGUGACCUGUGAAUCAGUUUUAAAUUGUAGCAUAAGUGUGUUUAAUCUUUCUAACCAUGCAUUUUUGUGAUACAGUAUUGGGCUCCCUUAAGAGUUAAUUGCAGUGUUUGAAAACCACCUGUCCAGGCGCAACGUAAUGGAGAGUAACAGGCACGUUGGUGUUAUAUUCACAUAUGGAGUUCAGUUUUUCUCAGUUUAGGAAUCCUGCAACAAGGAUGUUGUAGCUGAAUUCACAAUAGCUCUAAAUCAAUUUGUGUUUCUCAAAUAGGCUUCCAUAGAGCAGCUUCCCUCCAAGCGCCUUUGACUGUUUCACUUCUGGUUUGUAGAAAGCUGGUUUACAGUAAAAUACAGGGGGUGCGGGGCAGUUUGAUAGGGCUUCAUUCAAUUUAGCUUAUUCUGGGUUUUGUUAUAUUUUCAAAACUUUAUUGAAAAGCUUGCAUCAAAUACCCCUAAUCGCUCAUUAUAUUUAUAUAUACACACACACCCCUAAUAAAAAUCUUGUGGAGUGUGUUACAUUGCAUUUACUGGAAAUCCUAACUAACAUUUUGCAGUGAAGAAAUAUCCUUUUUCCUUUCAAAACUAGUAUUUGCAGCUUGACAUAGUAAAGAACUGUAUUAUCAGUGUAAAAAUAAACAGCAGUUUCACUGAAUCUCCACAGCAGAAACAAAGCUAUAUCCAAAAAAAUUAAACCCACAGGAUACUCUUGGGCUUAAUUCCGCUCCCUAUGGAAACAUGGAGACUGCUUCUAUUUAAAGAAAUAUUUUAAAACAAAAUGAAAUGCAAGGUGUCUUGCUGUAGACAAGAAUUAAAUAUGGGAAAUGAAAUUAUACACUGCCCUGAAGUUAAACCCUGGGCUGUUUAAAUACAGGUUCAGAUCUUGUAUUGCACCAGCUUAUUGAAAUGCCUGUAUGAACUUUGAUUAAACAGGGAGUGCCUUUUCUUGGGCUUUGCUCCCUGGGGAUGCAGCCUGUUGGUGCAUGGGGAUAGAUGAGCCAUUUGCAUGUGGGUGCAGAGGGAAGAGGCAAGACUGGACACCUGUAACUGGGAGAAACCACUGACCACCUGUCUGUGUCCCCUUUAUCUGAGUACCUUCCAGAGAAGUUCUGCAUUGACCUAAGCUCUGAAGACCUUCCCAGAACACAUCCAGGCCUAGGGAGGGAGAGCAGACUACAUGGUAUAAGUGCACUUGCACACACAACAUUCUCGCUGUUCACUGGUCUUCAGCAGACUGGCAGAAUUAUUGGUCAGAUUUCUUCAGAUCAUGUUCUCUUGUCCAGACGUCUCUUGUUUAUGCAUUUGCAGCAUCACUCAGCCUUUCAAGAUGAGCACUUUUGAACCUUCUCUGUUAAUUGUGAUCAGAUAAGCGUCUCUCCCCCAAGUGUGCUUAUCGGAACUACAGUUAUACAUUUGUUGUGGCUUCUGUUUUUCUCCGUACUUUCUUGCAGUGCCUUGUAAAACCAAACAAUCCCGUGUGUCACAAAAGGGCUGUAUUGUAAUGACCAAACAGUAACACACUUUCGGCUUGCCAUUGCUAGACUGGACUCUGUAACUGAAAAUUUAAAACUGAUAUUUCAAAAGUAAAUAAAACGAGUUAAUCCUUU